AUGGCCUCCAAAGAGGAAGAGCGCACAGGCCAACGGCCCAGCAUCAGCAUGUACGAUCCCGCCCGAGACCGCUGGGAGGAGCAGCCUGUUGUUCCUGCUGAACCAGCGUCAGCUUCUGCUUCCAUCGAAGCAACACCAACUCAGACAAGUGAAGCCAAACCGGUUCAUGAUUCUACUGUGACUUCUACCAGUGAAUCUCUUCAUCUUCCUCAAACUACCACCAUCGAGCCUUCUCAACAACCGGAGCAGCAGCAGAAGCAGCCUCCUAUCCCGACACCUCCAUCCUCUCAAUCACGCCGCAAACACAAAAUAAACAAAAUGGGUGACUACUAUCGCUCUGGCUCUGCGGAUGCCUACGCUGAGCAGAGCUCUCCUGCUGCCGAUAGCCACAAGCGCAAGCUAGAGGACGAGACAUCGGAGCAGCAGCCACCCGCCGACCAAGCGAACGACCGUCCCAUCUCCAAGCGUAAGCGUCUCGAAGAACGACACCAGAAGCUGCGGAAACGCGGCCAGGCACCUCCCUCGGCUUACUCGCGCCGCGAUGGCGACGAGACAGCAGCACGCGCAGCACCACGGCCCCGAUCACCCUCACCGCCCCUUCCUCCGCGGUCUCCGUCGCCGGAAGUGCAGGCGCGUCAGCGUAAACGACCCGGUGGCGGUGCGCGGCGAGGUCUCGUGGACCCGCAGACACUGCGGCGGCGACAGGAGGAGCGGGAGCGCGCGCUGGAAGAAGAUGCGAUGCGCAACUCGCAGAGCCGGGGAGUGACGGAUAUCGUGAGACAGCAUUACAAUGCGGUUCCGCAGCGGGGCCGGGAGUGGCGCAAGACGGAGAGUAAGAUCAAGGGGCUGCGCAGUUUCAACAAUUGGGUGAAGAGCACGUUGAUUCAGAAGUUCUCGCCGGAUGAGGAGUUCGAGAAACGGUUACUGGUGAUUGAUCUGGGAUGUGGUAAGGGAGGUGAUCUUGGGAAGUGGCAGCUUGCGCCGCAGCCGGUGGAUCUCUACGUGGGACUGGAUCCGGCGGAGGUGUCCAUUAUACAGGCGCGCGAGCGAUAUGCGGGGAUGCGUUCGGGCAGGGGACCUCGUGGUGGACGGAGGGGAGGGCCGCCGUUGUUUCAUGGCGAGUUCCGGUCCAAGGAUUGCUUUGGGGAGUGGUUGGGGGAUGUUGAUAUUGUUCAGCAGGUGGGAAUAGAUCCGAAUGUUGGACCGGGAGGGUCGAUGAUGGCGUCGCGAUGGGGUGGGGGUGGGUUUGAUGUGGUGACGUCUAUGUUUGCCAUUCACUAUGCGUUUGAGAGUGAAGAGAAGGCUCGUCAGAUGCUGCGCAAUGUGGCGGGGUGUUUGAAGAAGGGUGGCCGGUUCAUCGGCGUGUGUCCCAACUCGGACAUUAUCAGUGCCCGCGUGGAGGAGGAGGCGAAGGCAGAAUGGGGGAAUUCGAUCUAUCGGGUGCGAUUCCCUGGAGAUACGCCGGAGGAUGGCAUCUUCAGGCCGCCGUUUGGAUGGAAGUAUAGCUACUUCAUGGAGGAAGCCGUGGGCGAGAUCCCGGAGUACGUGGUGCCGUGGGAGGCGUUCCGAGCGUUGACGGAGGAGUACAAUCUGGAGCUGCAGUACCGCAAGCCGUUCAUGGAGGUGUGGCGGGACGAAAAGGACGAUCCGGAGCUGGGGCCGUUGAGUGAGCGGAUGGGCGUGAGAGAUCGCACGACAGGCGAGUUGACGAUGACGCCGGAGGAGCAGGAGGCAGUCAGUAAGUAUACACCCUUAGGUUUUACUUCAGCUGAAGGAGAGAGUGCUAACGGGACAGGUUUCUAUCAUGCAUUCUGCUUCUACAAGGUGUGA